AAGUUUCUUUAGUUUUCUUAGAAAAACGCUAGUACAUGAAAAGUCCCAAUUCCCAGACGAUCUGAUCUUAUUGCCCCGCAAAUUUCAAAUCGCGAAAGCAAUUCGAUCCUUCGCCCCCGCCGGAAAGCAGAAGCAAAAUGCACGGACGACCUCGCAAGCCCGCGAAGCCGGAAGACGAAUCGGCUUCUGCCGCCAGAGCCGAAGCGCUCCGAGCUCUCCAGUCGCAAUUCUUCUCCAACCACCACAACAAGGUUUACACCGACGAAGCCCUACAGUUGAGCGGCAGACUCAUCGAGCAAAACCCCGAGUUUUACACUGCUUGGAACUACAGAAAACUCGUCGUCCAGCAAAACCUCGAUCGGUGCUCCGAGUCCGAUCCCGACGCGCUCAAGUCCAUCAUUGACCAAGAACUCAGACUCGUAGAAAUUGCUCUGAGACAAAAUUUUAAGUCCUACGGAGCUUGGCAUCAUCGAAAAUGGGUGCUAAGCAAGGGGCAUUCGGUUUUGGACCGCGAAAUGAAGCUUCUCAAACAGUUCCAGCUGCUGGAUCCCCGGAAUUUUCAUGCUUGGAACUACCGCAGAUUUGUAGCUGCAUUGUUGAACCGAUCGGACGAGGAAGAGUUGGAGUAUACUAGGGAAAUGGUAGAAAACAAUUUCAGCAAUUACUCGGCCUGGCAUAAUCGUAGUGUACUCCUGUCUAAUUUGAUGAAGAAAAAGGCUGAAGGGUUUUUCCCAAAAGCGAAGGUUCUGAACAAUGAGUAUGAACAUGUACACGAUGCUAUUUUUACGGAUCCAGAUGAUCAAAGUGGUUGGUUUUAUUAUACUUGGCUUCUUGAUCAAACGGUGAAGACAGAUGCUCCUCUUCUUGUUUCUUCUUGGCCGGCCCAUGGAUCUUCCGUAAUUUUGUCGAGAAAUAGGCACUCAAGUGACUGUUCUUCAUCUCCAUUUGAUAGUUUCCGUUCUGAUUCCGGAACAGUGCCACUGCUUAUUUAUUUCAAUCAAGCAGUUGAAGGUGUAAAUUCAUCCAGUAUAACCAUUGAAUCUUCAUUUUGCACAAAAGAUCUUAUUUGGAAACCAGUCUUACAAAAUAACUCCCAGCUCUCUCAAGUUUGGGUUACUCAUAUUAAAUUUCCAAAUGCAAAGUCUCAUUCUUCAGAAGUGUAUCAGCUGAAAGUUAGUGUUGGGCCGACUCAGGGUAUCAUUUCUGCAAGUGGCUUUGAUUAUAGUCAUCCUACACAGUUUGCAUUCAAAGUGUGUGUACGCCCUAUUGAAACUGAACCAGCUGAAAAGCAGGGCGAGGACAUAAUUUUAUGGACAGAUGAAAAUUUUCAUGCGUUCCAAACACAAUAUCAGGAGCUACAUGAAGUAGUUCCUGUUGAUCAACAAAGUGUUAAUGAUGUACAUGAGCCAACGGCUUCAAAUUGGCGUGCAGAGACUAUUGCUAAGGAAAUAGCUCUCUUCCGAGAAUUGGUGUCAGAGAUAAAUUGUAAAAUUGGAAAGCUUACACUAGCAAGGCUAUUAACAGCUCAUGAUGUUAUCUUGUCUCCAUGUACAAGCAAAAUGUUCCACUCUGACGAAGUUCUUCAACUAUAUAUCGACUUAAUAAAGUUGGACCCAUCACAUUCUCAGUAUUACAAAGAUGAGCACAGCUUAGUAUUCCUGCAGAAGGUAACUUCCAAUAGGGAGUCUCUGCUCAGGCAUUGCUUUAGCCAUAAAAACUUGGCUUCUUCGAGCAUUGGUAAUCAUAUAUGCCUACGACUAAACAACUUAUCAUUAUCGCGGAUGGGGUCUGUUGAGAAAUUACUGUGGGUCCGAAUGCUGGACCUCAGCCAUAAUGAACUUCAUUCAAUUGAAGGAUUGGAGGCCAUGCAGCUUCUAUCUCGCUUAAAUCUGAGUAACAACAAGCUCGGCAGUUUUACUGCUCUGGGUCCUUUGAAACAGUUGAAGUUACUGCAAGUGUUGGAUAUCUCAUACAAUGAGAUAGGUGCACACUCUAUUGACACAACACGGUAUCAAUGUUCUACUCCUCUUUCUCAUACAGAGGAAGCUAGUUGGAACAGUGAAGAAAUUGGGACUGGGGGUGCCGGUGUGAAAGGUUAUUGGGAAGCUUUUCUGAUAUUUAAAAGCAUGAGCUUGACGCAGUUAGUCACUCUAGGAAAUGCAAUUUCUGGCGAAAACUUCAAGUCAUUUGUGGUCAUGUUUGUUCCUACACUCGAGUGGCUGGAUGGCGAUAAGUUGCAUUGACCUUUAAUUCUGUUUAUUUUUACAGUUAGCAAAAGAGAACUACUUUGUUCGAUACACUGGUCCUCAAUACAUGAUACAUUGUCCAGUUUUAACCCAGAUUAUUAACUUGUCGGUA